AUGCUUUCUGUACGCGAGCUCUUUGGUAUUUGGCUCGUUGUGGUCCUCGCGAUCGUUGGUCCAGCUCUGCGUCGGCGUAUUGCACGCGGUCGCGCUUUACGCAAUAUACCCACGGUCCCAGGUGGUCACUGGCUCGGAGGCCACAUCCCGAAAUGGUUCAACUCUGAACAUGGCCUAUCGUACCAGGCUGCAGCCUUCGAGCGCUUAGGGCGCGUGUUCCGACUCAACGGAGUCCUCCGCGAUCCUCAACUCGUCAUCUCCGAUCCCGCUGCUUUGACGCACAUACUCGUCAAAGAGUCGGAGAACUUCGAGCUUCCGUCUUGGUUCAUUACGGGGAACUGGGCCGUCUUCGGGCCUAGCGUGGUCACCAUCACUGGCGCGCAUCAUCGCAAUCAGCGUAAACUCCUGACGCCCGUCUUUUCUGAGAAGAACCUGCGCCGCAUGCAUCCGCAACUCCAGCUUGCGGCUAUUCAACUGAAGGAGUUCUUGGCGGAGCGCGCCGAAGCCGGAUACGAGAGCGUCAACAUGCUCGACGCGUUCAUGCGGCUGACACUCGAAUGCAUCGGGAGAGCCGGAUUCGGUUACGCGUUCAAUAACUUGACGGGUGAAGAGGACCAUCCUUAUCUGGGCGCACUCAAAGACUUCGCCCCGACAUACGCAAAUGUCCUCCCCGACGGCGCACUCGGCAUCGGGAUCAGCACGCAUCAUCUUCCGAUCUGGGUUCUCAGAGCCGGUCUGCGGCUGUUCAGCUUCGUACGCCCGAGUCUGAUCGACAUACUGAAGAACGUCGAGACUAUCAACACUGAGUUAACGAGGAUCUGGAAAGAGAAGAAUCGGCUCUUUGCGAAGGGUGAUGAGGCGACUGUGAAGCAGUUGCAGGAGGACACGGAUCUUCUCAGCGUGUGCUGGCGCGCGAAUAGAGCCCAGAACUUGAAGAACCGCAUCCCCGAGGAAGAAGUACUCGCUCACAUACGUGUGACGAUGUUUGCCGGGGCGGAUACGACCUCGGCUGCACUGUCCCGCGCAGCUCAGAUGUUGGCCGAGCAUCAAGACGUCCAGGAUGCUCUGCGCGAAGAGAUCAUCAACGCCGGUGCCACAGCUCUGACUGAUCCGGGCUCGUUACCUUUGCUCGACGCCGUUGUGAAGGAGACGUUGCGUUUGUUUCCUCCUGCUCAAGUAUCUCAGCGCGCUCCUCUUGCUGACGCUGUACUGCCCCUACAACAUCCCAUCAUCGGCUCAGAUGGCGCUCGAAUUGACUCUCUCCAUGUACCCGCCGGUACACAUAUACUCAUCAACAUUCGCGGGGCUAAUUGCGAUCCGACUAUAUGGGGUCCGGAUGCGCAUCUGUGGAAGCCUUCGCGUUGGUUGUCCGGUUUGCCGCAGAGCGUGGCGGACGCGCGCGGACCUGGCGUAUAUGCGCACUUGAUGACGUUCCUUGGAGGAAGCCGCUCAUGCAUCGGCUUCCGCUUCUCUCAACUCGUCAUGAAGACCACGCUUGCCACGAUCAUACCCUCCUUCCACUUCGCGCCGGGGGAACAAGAGGUGACCUGGCGCUACUUCGGUGUUCUAUCGCCCGGCGUGAAGAGCGGUCAUGCAUCGCCUGACUUGCCGCUUCGUGUGACUUUGCUACGUGGAGAUACUGCAUGA